AUGCAGCCCCCAUUGGUCAACGGCCCUAGGAGCAACAGUUUAAUCAACGAGGCAGCCGUACCAUCCCCAGCAGGAUCGAGCUCUAGCCAAAUAACGCGUGACCAGCCUAUUGUACAUGAAGUGGGUCUUUUAUCUCUGGGUAAUGCGCUUGAUCCCAAAUACUUGGGACCAUCCUCCGGCGUCACCUUUGCCCGGUUGAUUUACGAAAGCGUACCUCAGUCCCAAGGACUACCCUUAUCGUAUGCACGGUGUGGAGAGAAUGAACAGGCCAGCGGUGAGACGGCCCAGCAAUAUGGGAACAACGACUUUCCGCGUGUUGAGCUCCCAUCGAUGGCUGAGUACCAACAAUAUGCGGAAGUCUAUUUCGGCAUGUCAACAUUUUAUCCUUUUAUCUCACAAGAGGAGUUUCAUGUGCUAUCCAAACAAGUGUUUCAAUUUAGCAAGACGUCAGUGUGGGGUUGCCGCCUUCCGUUGACUAUUGCACUUGCACAGGUCUAUUUGGUCCUGUCUCUUGGUGCCAGGUUCCUGGAAUACAAGCUGGGAAACACUUUUCCAUCUCAGGAUUUAUUUGGCAAGGGCAUGAAAUUCGCCUCAAAAAUGAACCUACACGAAAGCAUAGAAGGUGUUCAAAUUCUUCUACUGCUGGCACAACAUAGUUUAUUUUGCCCAGAAGGGUUGAAUGCGUGGUACCUAGUGCAUACCAUCAUCGCGAGCUGCUUGGACCUGGGGCUACAACGGCAAGACAACUAUAACUGGGAGAAUGACACGCCGAACCAACGUAAGAUUCGACAUCUCAGAAGCGCAAUCUUCUGGUCUGCCUACUCUAUGGAUCGAACUCUUACCGUUGUUCUUGGUCGUCCUCUCACCCUUAGAGAUGAGGCUAUUGACCGUGGAUUCCCGGGAUUUGAUGGCAACUUAGAGGUAGAAUCAGGAGCGACGGAAUGGCAAUCAACAAAUACGGCCAGCCAAGGCUCGGUAUCAGCGCCAGAACCUUAUACUGCAUUCAUCUACUCUCUUCGUUUUGAUCGUAUCAUUGCAGAAAUCAAGCUGAUGCUCUAUCGAGUUUCGCGUUCACCGAAGAGGUUUCCCUGGCCCCAAGACUUGAGCUCAUGGCGGAAGGAAGCCCAGAAUUCCUGCGUUGCGUUAUUGGAAGAAGCCCAGAACCAUCAACAAAAUCAUAUCAUUGGCUCUGCUAAUGCACUCUCGGGGUUGCGCUUCAGCGACUUGAACUGA